CCGCCGGUUUUUAACAAUUUCUACCCAACACUGCAGAGCGACUUUAGCCCUCAUUGAUACGUCGGAGGGUUCGAACGUGCAUCGCUCCUCGAUUCCGCCAUCAUGGCGACCCAAAUACCUGUCGACCCGACUCUUACCUCGGCCAACACUCUCAAGCUUGAAAAUACACACAAUCGGGACGUGUUGAUUGCGAUCGAGAAGAAAUACCAAAAAGAAUGGCAGAACAGCAAGAUUUUCGAAUCGGAUGCGCCUACAACCACUGAGAUCCCCUUUGACUCAGUCCCCGCCGCAGAGAUUCGAGAAAAAUAUCCCAAGUACUUUGGCACCUUUGCCUACCCGUACAUGAAUGGCUCUCUGCAUGCUGGGCACAGCUUUACAGUCAGCAAAGUCGAGUUCACCGCUGGCUUCAACCGCUUGACCGGAAAGCGGGUGUUGUUUCCAUUGGGGUUCCAUUGUACGGGCAUGCCGAUCAAAGCAUGCGCAGACAAACUUGUCGAAGAUGUUAAGAAGUUUGGACAGAAUUUCGAGAACUAUCAUGAAGAGGAGGACGAAGCACCGCCAGACACCAACGGAGCCCCCGUCGCACCCACACAGGGAGUCAACAUGAAGGACGACCUCACAAAGUUCAAGAGCAAGAAGGGCAAACAGGCCGCAAAGACGGUCAAGGCCAACUACCAAUUUCAGACAAUGCUGGCUAUGGGAAUACCGAAGGAGGAAAUUCACAAGUUCUCAGACGCCAAUUAUUGGCUCGAAUACUUUCCGCCGAUAUGUCAACAAGAUCUCAUCGACUUCGGAGCAAGGAUAGAUUGGCGGAGGAAGUUUGUCACAACCGACGCAAAUCCGUACUACGAUGCUUUCGUGCGAUGGCAGAUGAAUCGCUUGCACGAGCUCAACAAGAUUCUGUACGGCAAGAGAUACACGAUCUACAGUCCCAAGGACGGCCAACCAUGUAUGGACCAUGACCGGACCAAAGGUGAAGGUGUAGGUCCGACGGAGUACACAGCACUGAAGUUGAAAGUCAAGGAGUGGUCACCGGAUGCGGCGAAGGCGAUCGAAUCGAAAAUUCCCCAGGACGCGAGUGUCUACUUUGUGCCUGCGACACUAAGGCCGGAGACGAUGUACGGUCAAGUAUGCUGUUUCGUGGGACCGAAGAUCAACUACGGUAUUUUCAAGGUAUCAGAAAAGGAGUAUUACGUGGUCACCAAGAGAGCGGCUUGGAAUAUGGCCUUUCAGGGCACUUUCUUUGACCAGGAGCAUUUCCCCCGUAGUCAGAACGAGUUGCAGCCUGUUGUGGAAUUGCCUGGGUCCGCCUUCGUGGGUACACUGGUCAAUGCGCCUCUUUCGGUGCACAAAGAAGGUGUUCGAAUAUUACCUAUGGAGACCGUAUCUGCAACAAAAGGCACGGGCGUUGUCACUUCAGUUCCGUCUGACAGUCCCGACGACUUUGCCACAGUCCGAGAAUUGGCGAAGAAAGCCGAGUUUUAUGGCAUCCAGAAGGAAUGGGCUGAACUGGAGAUCAUCCCCAUUAUUGACACUCCAGCUUAUGGCAACCUUGCGGCGAAGUACCUGGUCGAGACCAAGAAGAUCCAAUCACCCAAGGACACCACUCUGUUGGCCGAAGCGAAGGAUCUGGCGUACAAGGAAGGCUUCUACAACGGCACCAUGUUGGUCGGAGAAUUCAAGGGGGAGAAGGUUACCGACGCCAAAGAAAAAGUGCGAAGUUCCUUGAUCGCGUCUGGCGAGGCAUUCCCUUUUGCCGAUCCUUCAGCUGAAGUCAUCAGUCGCAGUGGGGAUGAAUGCGUGGUCGCAUACGUCCCACAGUGGUUCCUGAAUUACGGCGAGAACGACAAAGAGUGGCAGCAAACGGUCUUGGACUAUGUCAAGGACAAGAAUGGCCUCGAAACUUACACUCAUGAAACCGAAAACCAGUUCGUCGCAAACCUCGAAUGGUUGAACCAAUGGGCAUGCGCAAGGACGUAUGGGCUGGGUUCCAAACUGCCUUGGGAUCCCUCCUUCUUGGUGGAAAGUCUGAGCGACAGCACCAUUUACAUGUCAUACUACACGAUCGCCCAUUUCUUGCACGGAGACAAAUUCGGCAAGACGCCUGGAUUAUUGGACAUCAAGGCAGAGCAAAUGACGGAUGAUGUCUGGGAUUACGUCUUUACGCGGACAAACGACGUCAAGAAAGUCGCGGAAUCGACAAAGAUAUCGGUCGCGGACCUACAAACCAUGCGACGAUCCUUCGAAUAUUGGUAUCCUCUCGACUUGAGAUCGUCUGGAAAGGACUUGAUCCCCAACCAUCUCACAUUUUUCCUUUACAUACAUCUCGCGCUUUUCCCUCGCGAAUAUUGGCCGAGAUCUGUCCGCUCGAACGGCCAUCUCCUGCUCAACGGCGAGAAAAUGAGCAAAUCCACCGGCAACUUUUUGACCUUGAGCCAAGCAGUGAAGAAGUUCGGGGCCGACGCCACGCGAAUAGCACUUGCUGAUGCGGGUGACGGUAUGGAGGACGCGAAUUUCGAGGAAAAGGGCGCCAACGCCGCGAUCAUGCGGAUGUACACUCUCAAGGAGUGGAUCGAAGACACAUUGAAAGAUGAGGGGCUCCGCAAGACGCAAGGAGAGGUCCUUUGGGACAAACUUUUCGAGGAUGAAAUGAAUCUAUUGGUGCACGAAGCAUACAAGCACUACGCCGACACAAACUACAAACUCGCCCUCAAAGCCGCGCUCUACGACUUCCAGUCCGCGCGGGACUUCUACCGCGAAGCCUGCGUAUCCAGCGGCAUCCCUCUCUCGCGGCCCCUCGUCCUCUGCUACGUCGAAUUGCAAUGCCUCUUGAUCUGCACCAUCGCGCCUCACUGGGCCGAGUACAUUUGGCUCGAAGUGCUGCACAAAGACCAAUCCAUCCAACUCGCCCGCUGGCCGACCGGCGUCCCUGAAGCGGACCCCUCCCUGACCGCCGCGAGAGAGUACGUGAGGACGACGUCCAGCAACAUCACGAGCGCCGAGGCACAGGCGGCCAAGAAAAUGGCAAAGGGCAAGGCCGUGGCCUUCGACCCGCGCAAGCCGAAGCAGCUCACCGUCUUCGUGGCCUCGCGCUUUCCCGAGUGGCAGGACAAAUACGUCGACCUGGUCCGGACGAUGCUCGAGAAGGCCAGCCUGGACGACGACAAGGCGCUGAACGCGUCGGUCGCCAAAAUGGGCAAGGGCCCCGAGAUGAAGAAGGCUAUGCCCUUCGUGCAGGCGCUCAAGCGGCGGCUCGUGGUCAACCACGAGAGCCCCGCGGCCGUGUUCGAGCGCAAGCUGCCCUUUGACGAGGUCCACGUCCUCACCGAGAUGCGGAAGGGCCUGAUGAAGAACACCGGCUGCAAGGACGUCAAGGUCGUCAGCGUCGCCGACCACAACAGGCAGAGCCUCCCCUCCAUGGCCGAGGCGGCCGUCCCGGGCCAGCCGAGCUUCUUGUUCGAGAACGUCGACGCAUGAGCGGCCCGUCCUUUGCGCGCUGUGUACCCCUUCUGAUUUCCCUUUGAUCUGUCUCAGGGGAAUAAAUCAGUUGAGCCGCAGAAGGGUAGGGUGGUGCGAUGACAAUGGAUGAUUCAUGUGCGUGUCGGGGAAUGCCCAUGAACUUUUCAACGAGCAAUGUGUAUGUAUGAAUGUGGUCGAGGUGCUCGAAUCGAGAAAUGCCAGGGACGAGACAUGAUGGGAAGGAAAAGACAAGAUCCAAAAAAGAAUGAGCCAGACACCUUCGCAGAAGGACUAGAAGGUUGAAACAUGUGGAGAGGGCAUCUCAUAUGCAUCGAGAUGGACAUAUGUGUAAGCCUGGGUACUCGCUCUGGUUAGAUAGAAAUCCAAUAGAGCGCCCAAAGAUGACCAAACCAUUGAACGGCAUUACAUUCCGC